AUGGCGGCUCUACUCGACAACUUGAGCGAACGGAAAUUCGCCCUCAAUAUCCGCCAGGACAAUCCAUCUUUGGGGACGUUUCUGGGGAGGGCCAUCGAGGCCGCCGACGCCCUUGGGUUCAAAAUAAUCUUCUCUUACGACUACACCGGCGGAGGCCCCUGGGGCGCGAACCGCGUCAUUCAGCUCACGAAGAACUACUGUGCCUUCUCUUCGUACUACCACGACGAGAAGGGACGCCCUUUAGUGUUGACUUUUGAGGGACCAGGCAACGCCAAAGAUUGGGAAUACAUCAUCCAGAAGACUAACUAA